AUGGGAUUCUUUUCAAUCUUAAGGUAAGUUAGGUUAAAGGAAGAGAGAGAGAGAGACAAGAUUAAUACUAACAAAAAAAAACAGCACUUUAGUUUUCACAGUUUAUCCUGUUAUUGCUUCUUGUAAAGCAUUUGAAGAUUAUACAAGAGUAACAAAUAAAAUAUCUUCACAAAAUUUUAAAGUUGGUGGUGUUACAAUACCAUUAAAUUUAAUAUAUCAACAAGAUAAUAAUUUAGAUGCUUCAGAUGAAAAACUUUUACAAAUACAUUUAAUUUCAAUUCAAAAAUGGUUAAUUUACUGGAUUGUAAUUGCAGUUAUAAAUUCAAUUGAGUCAAUAUUGUUUUUAAAUUAUCUUCCAGGUUAUUCAAUUUUAAAAUUAAUUGGUAGUAUUUGGUUAAUUAUACCUAUGAUUUCAAUAGGUAAAAAAGGAGAAGAAUUUGAUGAAAAUAAAUCAUUUGAUAAUACAUUAGAAUGGAAAAAUUUCACAGAACAAGGUUCGGGUUUAAUAUUUUUUACAUAUAUUAAACCAUGGAUAGAAAAGAAUCUUGAAACAAUUAAAAAAUUUACUAUAAAUCCAUUUGAUUUAAUUCAAAUUUUAAAAUUGGCAAAUUUUAUAAAUAAAGAUGGUGAAAAUAACGAUUCAACUGAAUCUUUAUUAGAUUCAUCUUUUGUAAUGGUUAUGAAUAUGAAGAAUAAAUUUACUGGAACUAGUGAAACGCCUGCUGAACCUAAAGAAGUUAAAGAAAAUGAUUUUGAUGUUGUUGAUACAAUUACCAAUGAAGAAUCAGAAAAUGUUCCAGUACAAAGAAAAAAGAGUUAUUACUUUUUUUAA